AUGGGAGCAGAAGCAGAGCAAAUACUUGCUCGGCUCCGGCCAGUCAAUCCUCUGGCUAUAGUUACGAUUUUUCUGUCAGCUAUUCAUUUCGCAACAUCAAUGAAUGAUCUUAAAACCUCAGCUCAGGAGCAGCUUGAGUACAUGGUCACUGAAGAUGAUGAUGCUCCAUUGUUAACCGCGGAUGAUGAGAUCAAAUUUGAGGUGAGACAAUGUGUCGACAGAGUAUCAAGCAGAUUUGUAAAUCCUGUACAUUCUUUGGUUGGUAAUCUCCGAGAAUCAGUUGCUCUGAGUCAGAAAAGAUGGAAUUAUUCCAGUCCUACUUAA